AUGGAAAAUACUUUAGAGAGCAUCACAAGCUUCAUUAACAACCCAGACCAUCAUGACAUACUUGCAAUUAUUAAGGGUUUUCGCAAUGGAGCAGUUUAUGGAGCUAAAAUUAGAUUUCCUCAUGCUCUUGUUAUGACUUUUUUAUUUCGAACUGGAAGUUUUAAGGAAAAGUUGAACAUUAUUAUAGAUGCGACGAAGUCGCACUCUAAGAACUUGGC